CACAGGACAUUGGAGAAAAUGCAGUAACGAAAGGGUGAAAGCAGCGGCUGGGCCGCUAACGGUAAUUCUACUAAAAAAAAAUUAAAUUUCGUCAACGAUAACAGCAGAAUAUGACGAAGAGGUUUGAGUUUAAUUGGCAGAUUGAUGUACCAGAGGCACUUCUAGAUGGAUGUGUUUUCGAUCGAUGGACUGAGGAAAAAGAUAACACGGAAAUUGAACUGAAUUGUAUGUUCAAGGUCGAUGAGUAUGGCUUCUUCAUCUACUGGCAGAGCGAGGGGAAGGACGGCGACGUCAUCGAAUUGUGUCAAGUGAGUGACAUACGCGCUGGCGGAGUACCAAAGGACCUAAAAUUAUACGAUAAACUUUAUGGAAAACAUGGAGAGCAACUGGAAGAUAGAAGCCUAACCAUCUGCUCUGGAGUUGACUAUACCAAUAUCAAUUAUCAACACGUCGUUUGUCCCGAUACACAUACGACCAAAAUCUGGUUGGAUGGAAUACGAUCUAUUACCCAUAACGUUAAAGCCAACAAUGUUUGUCCAUUGACGUGCCUAAAAAAACAUUGGAUGAGACUUCGAAUGCUUGUGGAUCCAAAUGGAAAAGUCCCUGUGAAGGUGGUGGCCAGAACAUUUGCUUCUGGUAAAACAGAAAAAUUGGUUUAUCAGUGCCUUUCUGAUUUAGGUUUACCAAGUGGCAAGAAUGACGUAAUAGAACCGGAUGAUUUUACUUUUGACGCAUUUUAUGCACUUUAUCAUAAGAUAUGUCCAAGAAACGAUAUCGAAGAACUUUUUCAAUCGAUAAUACAAGGAAAAGGUGAUACCAUUAAUUUGGAGCAAUUAAUAAUGUUUCUAAAUGAAAAACAACGUGAUCCAACAUUAAAUGAAAUUCUAUAUCCUUUGUAUGAUGAAAAGCGCGCUACAGAAAUAAUUAACGAUUACGAACAAAAUGAAAUUACUCGAACACAAAAAUGUAUGAGUAAAGAUGGCUUCAUUCGCUACCUAAUGUCUGACGAAAAUGCACCAGUUUUUCUGGAUCGUUUGGAUGUUUAUAUGGAUAUGGACCAACCUUUGUCACAUUACUACAUUAAUUCCAGUCACAAUACGUAUUUAAGUGGACGACAGUUUGGUGGUAAAAGCAGCGUAGAAAUGUAUCGACAAGUUUUAUUAGCAGGUUGCAGGUGCAUUGAAUUAGAUUGUUGGGAUGGCAAAGGGGAAGACGAAGAGCCUAUAAUAACUCACGGCAAGGCAAUGUGCACCGUCAUUCUUUUCAAAGACGUCAUAUAUGCUAUAAGAGAUACCGCUUUUGUAACUACGGAUUUCCCAUUGAUUCUUAGUUUUGAAAAUCAUUGUAGUAAGGCACAGCAAUAUAAAUUGGCUAAAUAUUGUGACGAAAUACUUGGCGAUUUGCUUUUGAAGGAAUCCUUGAAAGAUUACCCGUUAGAACCAGGGGCAGCACUUCCACCACCAAGCGCAUUAAAACGAAAAAUUUUAAUAAAAAACAAAAGAUUAAAGUCUGAAGUCGAGAAGCAGGAACUUGAACUAUUCAAACAAGGUCAAUUUAUAAUAGAAGAUGACUUUAAAGAAGAUGCAAGCGCGCCACCAACUGUAGCACCAAUUGUCGAACAACAAUCGGUAAAGGAUGAACUAACUAAUGAUCCAGUGGCGGCAGUAGCGACAGGACAACUGAAACUAUCACAGCAAAGCGAAAGCUUAGAAUUAGCAGUUGUACAACCAUACACUGGUAGUACAACCAACGUACAUCCCUGGCUGUCAUCAAUGGUAAAUUAUGCGCAGCCCAUAAAAUUCCAAGGCUUCGACGUUGCAGAACAAAAGAAUUUCCAUCAUAAUAUGUCUUCUUUCUCGGAGGCAACUGGUUUAAAUCAUUUAAAAACGUCGGCUAUCGAAUUCGUGAAUUACAAUAAACGACAAAUGAGCCGGAUUUACCCGAAAGGUACUCGAGCUGACUCGUCAAAUUAUAUGCCACAGGUAUUUUGGAAUGCAGGCUGUCAAAUGGUUUCCUUAAAUUUUCAAACUUCUGACUUGCCGAUGCAACUAAAUCAAGGAAAAUUUGAAUAUAAUGGUUCAUCGGGUUAUCUAUUGAAGCCCGAUUUUAUGCGACGAUCCGAUCGAAGCUUUGACCCGUUCGCUGAAAGUCCCGUUGACGGUGUCAUUGCUACACAAUGUAGUGUUCAAGUAAUAGCUGGACAAUUCUUAUCCGAUAAAAAAGUUGGAACAUACGUUGAAGUUGAGAUGUACGGUCUUCCUACAGACACAAUUCGAAAAGAAUUUCGAACUAGAACAAUACCAGCCAAUGGUUUAAAUCCUGUUUAUAAUGAAGAGCCAUUUUUGUUCCGAAAGGUUGUAUUACCGGAUCUUGCAGCAUUGCGUUUUGCUGUUUAUGACGAAUCGAAUGGUAGAUUACUUGGGCAAAGAAUAGUUCCUCUUGAUGGACUUCAGUCAGGUUAUCGGCACAUAGCGCUCAGAACGGAGGCAAAUUUUCCAAUGUCUUUGCCUAUGCUCUUUUGUAAUAUUGACAUAAAGAUUUAUGUUCCAGAUGGCUUUGAAGAAUUAAUGGAUGCAUUAUCAGCUCCAAGAACUUUAAGAAAAGCAGAAGCACCUCAGCAAACAAAAAUACGUGGACUUGGAAUAGAAGAAAAUGAGAACAAAAAUAAUAUGGAAUCAAUUCCAUCUCGUUUCUCUGAAGUGGCAAAGCCUAGAGAAGAGAUAAAUUUUGAGCCAAUAACAAUUGAAAUACUACGUCAUGAAAAAGGCUAUAUUAAAAUAACGAGAAAGCAACAUAAGGAUUUAGAAUCUUUAAAAAGAAGACAACAAAAAGAAAGAUUUUCUAUACAAAAGCAACAAUGUAGUGCAAUAGAAAAACUAAUUAAAGGAAAAAAUCAGACAGAGUUAUCACGCGAUCCAAUUGUACGCCAAGCUGUUUCUGAACAAACAUCUCAGUGGUCCCGUUUAGCAGAGCGUCAACGUCGCGAGGAACGCGAUCUAAUUCAAGUUCACUUAGAGGAACGUAAAGCGCAGUUACGAAAGCUCUGUAGUAUGGCUCAAUUAACGCAACAGAAGCAGUUAGUUUCAAGACAUGAAAAGGAAAUUAAAGAGAUGAAUGCAAGACAGGCAAGACUGUCGGUAGAGAGCAUGCGUGAAGUUAUGAAUGAUAAGACUUUGAAGACAAGAGGAAUCAAGGAAGGCAGGCUUAGAGAGAAGCAACAAAAUAACACGAAGAAAUUUAUGGAAGAAAGAAAGGUCGCACAAAUGGUGCAGAACAGGGAGAAAGAUAUAUUGAAACACAUACACGAGAAACAACUCGAAGAAGUGCAGAAGGAAAUGAACGGAAUAAUGGACAUGUAUAAAAAUGAAGAAAUGGAAUAUGAAUUAGGACCAAAGAAAGAGUUUUAUGCAUAACGCAUUGUCUUUCUAAAGUAAUAAAUCGAUUAUAUAUUGGCAGAACAAACAUUGGAUCAUAAUAUAAUGGGAUCAAGUUUUAUGGGUACAUAAUAAAAUAAAAUAGAUUGUAGUUUAAGAAUGUGCAAUAUGAGAAGUUGCACAAAUCAAAGUACCUAGAAACGCAUUAUGUUUUUAUUUCGUACUAUUUUUUUAUAAAAAAAGUCUCUCAUGAA